ACCAAAUAUCUCCUCCGGAAUGGGGCCCGUGAGUUUGUUCCUGGAGAGGUCGAGAGCGUAAAGCUGGGAAAAAACUCUGCAGAUUUUUCAAUCUCCCGAUUUCCGAGGGGAUCGGACCCAACAACUGGUUCUUGUCGAGCUGGAGGCCCGUCAGGCUGGUGCAGUUGCUCAGCUGCCAUGGAAUCGGGCCCGCUAGCCUGUUAUCCGACAAAUGAAGCUGCUCCAGAAAGGGCAGCUUCCCCAAAUCCGCAGGAAUGUCACCGGAUAGUUGGUUGGCCGACAAAUCAAGGACCACGAGAGAGGAGCAGUUUGAGAUGUGUGGCGGGAUUGGGCCGGAGAGGGAGUUCCCCCAGAGCAGUUGCAGAAAUUGGCCGGAAUUGGGCCGGUGAGCUUGUUCAUGUGCAGGUACAAAUUGGUGAGCUGCGAGCAGGAGCCGAGCUCGGGAGGUAUAGGCCCGGAAAGAUGGGUGUCGUAAAGGGCCAGCGUCUGGAGACUGAGCAGAUUCCCAAAGUAGCCGAGUUGGUGGGGAAGGGUGCCGUUGAGAAGAUUGUCCUGAAGGCAGAGGACCUGAAGCGAAGUGAGGUUGGAAAUCUGGGGAGGGAUGGGGCCGGUGAGGGCGUUGGAGUUGAGGAAAAGGAAGUGAAGGGCGGAGGAGAGGUUUCCAAUGUCGGGAGGAAUUUCGCCGGAGAGAUGGUUGAAGGAGAGGUCAAGGAGAUGGAGAUGGGGGAAGGAAGAGAAGAGGAAGGUGGGGAUGGGGCCGGAGAGGUUGGUGGAGGAGAGGUUGAGAAACUGUAA